GUUUGUGCCAGUUUGAAUUGUUUGAUUUGUUUUUCCUCGCCAAUCUCGUUACCGUUCUAGUGUGUACGCGUGUUUGUGCUAUGAAGGGGGUGGUGGGUGCCCUGUAAAGUGUGUGUGUGUGUGUGUGUUGCCCAUUUUUCUUGUUUCGCAAUCGCAGCCAAUAGUCUAGCUCGGACCCCGGAGUCCCGCUAAAUUCACAGGAUGAUGCAGCAAGGCAUCCGGCUUGUGGUAGCUUGACAUGCAAGGUCGGUAAGUGUGCCCGAUCAAACUAUUUACCGGCAUCAGUAUGUGUAUGUGUGUGUGUGUGUGUGUGUGUGUUUAAGUAGUAUGUGAUUGAACUGAACAUAAAAAUCUAUGUUGACACUGUCGAGAGCCCGCUUCAGCCGGACUCUCCCCAAUCAUAGCUCGCUCACCGAACAUCAGCUGUUUGUAAGAAGAUGGAUGCACAUGACUGCAUGCACUGCUGAAUUGCGCGGUGCAUGCAAUGCAAUGCCAAAAUGCAACAGCUCGACCGUACCAAGUGAUCUUCCUUUUGCUGCGCCUGGGCUACCACACGGCCCCCUACCCUCCUAUUGAUCUCCUGGUCAUCAUCGGCAUCAAUUAUCACCAUCACCGGUGCCUUCGUCACCUGUUGCAGUGUGUUUGUGUGGAAAUCCUCCUCUUACUCCCACUAUAUCCGGUCGCUUGUUUGGAGAGGAACAUAGACAGAGAAAGAGAGACAGAGAGAAAGAAAGGAAAAAAAGGAAAACAGAAAAAGAAACAGAGAAGAACAGAAAGAGAAAGAGAGAGAGAGAGAGAAAUCGAGCGACAAGGAAGGCAAGUCGGGAAAUUUUUUGUAAUGCCGUCGUGUGGUGGAACCGAAUGAACCAGGUGCUGCCUCGGAGUGAAAGCGAUAGACAAGACGACAUUUCAAUCUUCGCAAACAGCAAGGCGCAACCACGGGCAUCCCGAACGCCGAAAACUUUCCGAAGUCGACGACGACGACGACGGCCCCUACCAGACGUCUUGGGAACGGCCCCGCAGCAGCAAGAGCAGAGAGGCUGUGGCCCGCGCCUAGUAGCUGCUCUCCGCGCUCGGAGCUCGGAGGCGCAUUUUACGCUCUCGGCAAACCGGUACCACCGAUUCAGAGCGCACACCGUCCCGCACUCUUUUACCAACCACAUCUCGCUCCUCAGCGGCCUCCACUCAGCCACCGAAAGAGGGCUUGAGAAAGAGAGAGAGCGCGCUCCGCCUAGAGUGGGAGCCCGAUUGCGCAGCCCCGGAUAAGUGGGUCGCAGUCGCAAGAGAGAGAGAGAGAGAGCGGGAAGCCCGAAGCGCGGUACACGAUCCCCGGGCCCCGAUCGUGUGAUAUCGUGGCUGGAAAAGUCACGCUGCGCCGGUGGAGUCGGAACGGGCGGUAUCGGGCCGCCGAUCGGGGCCUGAUCGGCGGUGUGUGUGCGCGCGCGCGCGCGCCCUCGCUUAGGUCGGGUUUGGUUUCGGGGUUGGAGGUGGGGCGGUAAAGGGAACGGCACCCGUUUUUGGUGGGGCACACACACGCAGCGAAACACCACUCGCACCGCGAGCGAGCAUAGUAUAGUAGUAGCAGAAGCGACGGCAGCAUCAUCAGCAGCAGUUGGCAGCAGCAGCAGCAGGCAGACAGCAGCAGCAGGCAACAGGCAACGGCAUUUCGGGGGCUUCGAGUGCUCGAGCGGUCCAUCGAACGGCUCACAAUUGUUUUGACUAUGGCGUGUUUAAGUUCGUCCAACCGGGCCUGCGUCCGCGUAGUGCAGGAGAAACUGUGUCAGCUAUUGGCGGUCUCGAAGGGUCCGCUCGGUCAGCAGCAGCAGCAGCAGCGGGACCUGUCGCUGCCCGCGUCCGGUCCGGUAGUGAAUGUUGGUGGCGACGGUGGAGGCGGCGGAGGCGGCCAUCGGGCCGCGCUGCUCUCGGCCGGAUCCGGCGGGCCGCCCCUGGUCGCGCACAGCGUCAGCGGCCCGAUCAAGCGCAGCUUUUACACUGGCCGCGGCAACUUCAUUCAACCUGCAGCUGCACUCGCCCCGGCCAGGGCUGGUGUCCGCGUGCCAGUCGGUACGGGCGCCCUGUUCGAGCUGAACCAGAAAUGCAGUGCAACAGCGAACCUCCAUCCCUGCAUGCGGGGAUACAGCUCCGUCCACACACAGCAACCGGCCGGCCCGAUACGGGAGUAUAACAUCGACCCAUACAUACUGCUGGAGGACGAGCUGAAAUAUAUCUUUGAGGACAUUAGGCAGGAAAUCAGCCGCGCGACAAAUCACCAGGAGCUGAACAAAAUUGCCGUCUACUACUUCGACGGGCAGGGUAAAGCUUUCCGCCCGAUGGUUGCAAUACUGAUGGCGAAGGCACUGAACUAUCACAUGCACAACGAAAACAGUGACGUAAUGAACGCUCAGCGACAGAUAGCAAUGAUUUCAGAGAUGAUUCACACUGCCAGCUUAGUGCACGAUGACGUUAUCGACCAGUCGUUUGCCCGGCGGGGUAAGCCGAGCGUCAACGUCCUGUGGAACCACAAAAAGGUGACGCAGGCUGGUGACUACAUCCUUGCCGUUGCCUCGAUGCUGUUGGCCCGCCUGAAGCACGACGAAGUAACACACAUUCUUAGUCAGGUUCUAACAGAUUUGGUCCAGGGCGAGUUUAUGCAGCUGGGCUCAAAGGAAACGGAAAACGAGCGUUUCGCGCACUACUUCACCAAGACGUACAGGAAGACGGCAUCGUUAAUAGCCAACAGCUUAAAGGCGGUCGCUGUGCUGUCCGGUGCGGACGAGCAGAUGGCCGAGCUAAGCUUCCAGUACGGGCGCAACCUCGGGCUCGCCUUCCAGUUCGUGGACGAUCUGCUCGAUUUCGUGUCGAGUUCGGAAGCGAUGGGUAAACCGGCGGCGGCCGACCUGAAGCUCGGCCUGGCCACCGCACCGGUACUGUUCGCCUGCGAGAAGUUCCCCGAGCUGAACCCGAUGAUUCUGCGCCGCUUCCGCGAACCCGGCGAUGUCGAGCGGGCGUACGAGCUGGUGCACCAAUCGCAAGGCCUGGAGCAGACGCGCUUCCUCGCCCGUAAGCACUGCAUCGAGGCGCUCCGGCUCGCGUCCCAGAUCAGCGAAUCGCCCUACCAGAAGGGGCUGAUCGUGGUGGGCGACUUUGUGCUCAACCGGAUGAAGUAAACGUCGAGCACGGAUCCCGUAAAGAUACAGAGAGAGAGAGAGAGAGAGAGAGAGAGAGAGAGAGAGAGAGAGAGAGGGGGAGCGAAACCUCUCGAACCAAUUUCCAAAUCGAUGUCGACGACAAAGAAAAGAAGAAAAAACUACAACUCAACAACAACAGAAACAAGACCGCCGAUGAGCCUUCCUUCCGUAUUGCUUACAUAUAUAUAGAGAUGCAACAACAAAAAAAAAGGUUUCUAACGGGUAUCUUGGGACGCCUGAACCGUCGACAGUGCCGCGAGCAAAGUGUAAGAAGAUAAAGUGCAGUGCGUUUUCGCACAUCACAAGCGGUAACGCGGGUAACGGUGGAAAUGCUAAUGUAAGCAAUAUCAUAUAUAUACACCCACACACACAUAACACAGCAGAAAAGCCUCAGGAAUCGUAGAACAAUGAAUGCAACGAGACCACCAACAAAGUAUAUAGCAAAAAAUUAUCUAAAACACACCAGCAGCAGCAGCAAUAUACCAGCCACCAUCAGGACGGGCGGUGAAAUUUUCCAUUCAAACAGCAACAGCAAACGCUCGGCCUUAACGCAGCAGACACGGUUUAGACGUUUAGAUGGACUAAUCAUAUGCAUAGCGUAGUGUUAAGGGUCGAAUCAGUGCCUGCACGCAUCGCAAGGCCAUCUCUUAUCAAACAAGAAGCCCUUCCUUCCUUUCUCGUUUCUCUUCCUAUGGUGGUGAUGGGGUAAAACUACUGGACACACGGGUUUGUGUGCAUUUCUGACUAAUCACUGUUUUGUUUUCCGACGUGUGUUUGUGUGUAGGGUUUUGUGUGGCUGCUUAUUUAAAAAUGAAGGGCAAUAGAAUGGUGAUACACGUUUGGCCUAAGUACGAGAGCGUGUACGCUUAGGUCAGUGGAGGUUUUUUGGGCAAAGGAUAGCCAUUUAUGUUUUUAUUCAGAAAUUUGCGCCUGUUUGGGCAGAAAACUGAUCGUAAAUAAUUUACUGUAAAUGUUCUACUUUUUUGCUAUUUGUUUUGACAAAGAGAAAGGGCAAAUUAAAACACAAACAUGUUCAAACAUACUUCUCUCUCGCUCUCUUUUUUCCCUGUCUCUGACUCUCUAUCUCUCUACUACUGGCAGCCUGCUUUAGCAUUACCAAAUAAUUUUCAGCCUACCACCCUGACACGACCAGUAUAUUUAUUUAUCCAACUACCCAAACACCCAAACCCCAAUGUGUCUGCGUAUAUGCGAAAGAGAGUUUGCGGUAGAGCGUUUCCCAAUUUUCCAUCAACUGCGCACAACACACAUUAACCGUGUCCCCGUUUCAUCUAAUUUACAUACACUACAUACAUACAAAGAGCACAAGCUUUGGAACCGGCAAACCCCCACGUUUGCUCAUGCCAGAUGCGUCCUGUACAUAGGCUACUUCCCUGCCGGCCCACCUAGGUAGAAGGAGAGGAAAAACACAAAAUGGCAACACGAUUUGUAAACAAUUGAACAGGCGGUCAAAUGUUAGCACAAAUCUUCCCGAAACGGCAACAUACAAUCCAAUCCAAACGCCCCAAUCGAGACGGCAAACGGAAGCAAACAAACGAAUGCUGUUAUCGUAGGAACGGGACAAGAACACACAACAAAAAACAAAAACAAAAAAACGAACGCUUAGUUACCGUUUUGAUGGUAGCCGAGACCGGGUGAUGGUGGCAGCUUAGUAAUUAAAUCACAAAACCGCAAACGGUCGAAAUAAGUACCGCUGAUUCGGACAACAGCUAGAGUAAUGCGUAAUAAAAAAAGAGAUAGAGAGAGAGAGAGAGAGAGAGAGGGAGAAUGAGAAAUGUAAAAGAGACAUAUAUAAAAAAAAACGGAACAGCGAGAGUGGGAAGACGAGCAGCGAGGGAAGAUGUGUACGAUAAAGCAAUGGUACGAGGGAAAGUAGGAAAUCUGUAGCGUCAAACUGAUUUACAGGGCUUCGAAUCAUGCAAAUGGAAUAGUUAGUUCAAUUCGGUUCGGGCAGGGGUCUUCAAACUCCACGGUUAGCAGGGCCGCAUCCCGGACCUCGAGAGCCUAGAAUGCUGAUUUUGUAAAGGGUUUAAACAAUAAAUAUAGUCUAUUACUUGUAACUAUUUUCAUCAAACAAUGUAAUGUUUACUUUCUAGAGACGAAACACAAGCUAAUGCUAUUGGAAAGCUGUAGAAAUUGUACUGGAAUGUGGCUACCCGAAAAUGGGAAUUUUGCAAGCGUACGGUUCUGUUGGAUAUUUCAAAGUAGUUCUUAUCAGCUAUGAAGUCACUCAAAAAUGAUAAAUAAGCAAAAAAAAUCUAAAAUGUGUGUUUGGAUUGUUAUCACGGACAAUUUCAAAGCUCCACAGCCAACCUGCAAAAUUCCCCCCGUUCGGUUGUCACAUUCCCCUAACCCAGCGAAAUUCCACAAAAAUGUGUGAAGAGUUCCUCGUGCCGGGCCAAAUAGAUUAACCGAGAGGUAAAGAAAAGUGUGCAAGUGCUAUAAAACACUAUAAGGAACGGUAAAGAGCCUUUUGCUUUUGCAUCGCUGGCCCUAAAUCGAUUGAACUGUUCCAUUGCAUGAUUCGAACCCCCCUGUGCAUCAGUGAAAUUCUGCAUACCCAUUAACGGUGUGUAACGUCUGCUCAAUUACUUUAUAAUUAAGCUUCCGUGAGUUUUCGUGUGCUUUUGGUGUGUGUAUGUUUUUUUUUUUUGUAAUUGUGUAUUCCUUGUUUGUUUGUCCCCAGAUGCACAAAUGUAAGAGAGUGAAAAGCGAGUAUAUAGAGAGAGGGAAAGAGAGAGAGAGAGAUUGAGAGAAAGAGAGAAAGAGAGAGAAUGCACACAUAUGUUACAGCGGUUUCCAAGAGUUCUCAUAGCUGUGGGACACUUUAUUAACUCUUUCUUACGUGAAAUGAAGUUAAUGUAAUGGGAAUUGGACUCUCUAUCACCCUUGUUAGACAAAUCCAACAGGAAAUUCCAAGGAGCCUGUUCAACAGGUGUUCCAUAGAGUCCAAUUUCCAAUACGUGUAGUUCACUUCCAAUAGGAAAGAAUCAAAGAAGUGUCCCACUACUAUGAGUACCACUGGAAACCCACAGUAUACCUUCACAACGAUCACCGGCAGAGAGCACGGGAGCGACCAAACUCAUUUGCCGACGAACAAGAUUUCGGGAAACUCAAUUGUACAUAGUAUCUAAUAUUUAAUACGUCCCCCUUCUUUAAAUGCCACAGUCUAACAAUCGGGUCCAUUGCAUUACUUUUGUAACGAAUCCUUUCGUGGGUUUAUUAUUAUAUUUUAUUUUUUGUAUUCUCGGUUCAGGUUUCAGGCCCCUUUUGUUGCAAUGGCAGGCCGAUAGUUAGUGAAGUGGUCACAGCUCCCUUAGUACAUUUUGCUUCCACCUUCUUGUCGAAAUAGUAAAGGAUUAAUAACUGAAGUACAGAUUUAAUCACGAUCACGCUCAUACACACAAUGUUCAAAGUUUACUGGAAAUGGUCAAUAAAAGCAAGUGCGUGCGUGUUUGAUUUACUCUGUUUUCGAUAGCAACACGUUGAUGAAAGGGGAAAGCAAUAUACAACUUUUUUUUAAAUUUAGUUAAUGUUUCUGUGUUGAGCACGUGUUGUUGUGUAUGGAAAACAAAAUAAAGGAAGCUUUUUGGAAAGAGAAAAUUAUCAAUUAAAAAACAUAUAUUAGCAAACACACCUAUAAAACGCGCCCUUCUUUGUUUUUCCUAUGAUGUGAAUAAUAGGGAAAUUGUGUGCAUAUAAUUAAAAAAAUAAAUAAAAACAAACAAACUUUGACAGAAGGAACGCUUGCGUAUAUGAAACAAUAAUUAAUCGUACGGUGCAAAGGGUGUUAGAAAGAGAAACUGUUAAUCAUCUGCUUGUAUGAUUUGUUGGUUGGACUUAGACUUAAUCAGCGCUAGCAAACAUGUACACAAAUACACACACUGAAACGAGUCUAGUGUGCUGCACAGAGGUCAGACUACACACUCAAACAAAGCAAAAAUUGUAACAAAAUAACAAAGCAACAGCAAAAGCAAAAACGGGAGAAGGAUAAAAAUUUACAAUUGAAAUGUUAGCUUGCGUGUGCGUGUAUAGGAUAAAAAAUAAAAGGAAUAAAACAGGAAAUGUAUUGCCUGUUUUUUGUGGAGCUCAUUUUCCGUACAUAUUAUACAUAUAUAUACAAUAAAUAUACAUGCAUAUGCUACACACUGA